AUGGAGAGAAAAAAGGUUAUGCUUGUUUUCUACUUCAUUUCCAUGUCUAGUCUCUACACAGCUCAUGUUGUAUCGCUUAGUGAUCAUCAUGUUGAUGAGAAGCAAAACAGCUUGAAAACUUUCAUUGUUUAUGUUGAGAAGCCAAAACAAUCAGAAGAUUUGCAUAGCUGGUACGACUCAUUCUUGCAAGCCACCAAUGAAGGCAAGGAAAAGCAACCCCGCGUGGUUCAUUCGGAUCAAAACGUGGUCGCAGGAUUUGCAGCAAGACUGACUCAAGAGGAAGCCAAAGCCAUAGAAGCCAAAUCCAAGAGCCUGAUGGAUUUAGUACUUCCCGCUGCACAUGUCAGCUACGCUGUGGGGUUGAAAAUCAAAGCCUACAUCAACUCAACCACAGCACCAACAGCAACAGUCUUGUUUAAAGGAACUGUAAUUGGGGAGUCAUCGGCUUUAAUGAUUGCCUCCUUUUCUUCUAGAGGCCCAAGCAAAGUGAGCCCAAGAAUUUUAAAACCAGACAUUAUAGGACCCGGCGUUAGCAUUCUAGCUGCAUGGCCAGUUCCUAGAGACAACAACACAAAUUCGAAAUCAACAUUUAAUGUCAUUCCCGGCACCUCAAUCUCUUGCCCUCACCUUAGUGGCAUUGCAGCUUUGCUUAAGAGUUCACACCCUGACUGGUCGCCCGCUGCCAUUAAGUCCGCAAUCAUGACCACCGCUGAUAUACUAAACCUCGAAGGAAACCACGUCGUGGAUCAAACACUUCUUCCUGCCGACAUCUUUGCCACUAGUGCCGGCCAUGUCAACCCAUCAAAAGCAAACAAUCCGGGGCUUGUUUACGACAUACAACCUGAGAAUUACAUUCCUUAUUUAUGCGGUUUGAAUUACACAGAUGAAAUGGUAAGGGCUAUUGUGCAACACGCGGGGGUGAAGUGCUCAGAAGUUGGAACCAUACCUGAAGCACAGCUGAAUUACCCUUCAUUUUCACUCAUAUUGGGGUCUAGCUCUCAGACAUACACAGGGACAGUGACAAAUGUUGGCCAAGCUAAUACAACUUACACUCUGGAGGUUUUGGUUCCUCAAGGGAUAGGUAUGGAAAUAUCACCUCUAGAAGUGACAUUCAUCCCAGAAAGCAAUAGGGUCAUUCAGAAAUUUUCUCAAGGAUAUUUGAAAUGA